AUGGCUUCCCGCGGGAGGAAGCGGAAGGCCGAGGCGGCGCUGGCCGCAGCGGCCGAGAAGCGGGAGAAGCCGGCUAGCAGCCAAAAGGGAGUGGAGGAGGCGAGCGUCGUUAUUGAGCAUUGCAUGAGCUGACGCGUCUACGGGCGCAACGCCGCGGCCCUGAGCCAGGCGCUGCGCCUGGAGGCCCCGGAGCUUCCAGUGAAGGUGAACCCUACCAAGCCCCGGAGGGGCAGCUUCGAGGUGACACUGCUGCGACCCGACGGCAGCAGUGCGGAGCUCUGGACUGGGAUUAAGAAGGGGCCCCCACGCAAACUCAAGUUCCCUGAGCCUCAAGAGGUGGUGAAGGAGCUAAAGAAGUACCUUUCGUAG